UUGCCCGGUUUACCCGGAAAUGGAGGAAAUAAUCCUGGUCCACGCCCAACACCUCCAACAAGAACAGGUAGCCCUGGAUUGCCCGGUUUACCCGGAAAUGGAGGAAAUAAUCCUGGUCCACGCCCAACACCUCCAACAAGAACAGGUAGCCCUGGAUUGCCCGGUUUACCCGGAAAUGGAGGAAAUAAUCCUGGUCCACGCCCAACACCUCCAACAAGAACAGGUGGCACAGGAGCUCCAGGACUUCCAGGCAGGAUAA